AUGGCAUGCAAUAACGAGUCUACUUACAUGUCUUUAUGGGAUUUGGCUCACAGUAUCUCAACUCGAGGCCAACACGAUUGCAUCAACUUGUUCGCCGAAGCAACAAAAAUAUUCGCCCGUGCCUGCUAUAGCUCAAAUCUUAUCAUUAAUUUGCUUAUUCUUUACGUUUUUAAAUUGCGUGUGGCAGGCAGAGACCUUUCUGAAUUCGAACCCGGUGGUCUUUCUGAAUUCGAACCAGGUCACUGUAGCAUUAGAACCAAGCGACAUCUCGUUGCUUCAUACACUUACGAGAAGCUGAUUCAACAGUUUUUAAUGCAUUAA